CAGAGUUUGAAGAAGUCAUAAUUAGCAAUAGUCGAGCCGCAUCAAGCUCGCAGAGGAGCCUUGGUUCGUACAAUUCUGGGACAACCGUUCUCCCGUAUGAUUGUAAUCACGUGACCUGGUUUUUUUUCUGCGUCCCUUUGCAGGGGUCAUUGGCAAGAGUUCGAUGUCUAUGACAAGAAACUCACCAUCUGCUCAAAGUCUCUGACGAAUUCGUCAUCGGUUUUUGGUCUAAUCGGCUUUGUUUACCACGUUCAUGUCCCCAGUGGCCUCGUUGUCUCGAAGCAUGUUCCGCCUGCAACGGCGACGGCCAUGAAACAAUUGGCCCGAACAGUGGCAUGGAGGACUGGCUCUCAGCAACGAGCCUGUCGCCGAGUCCUCUCCACAACCCCUACAGCAUGCUGGCGUCCGACAAAGCAUGAGUCUCACGCUUCAAACGUGGCAAGGCCAGAUCCUUCGAAGACCUCUGCUACGACUCGAUUACCGAAACACGCCCCGAAAUUUGCUAGCCGGUCCCGAGCCGACUCCGUCAGCCAAGGGCAUGAUCCCAAGGCAAGAUUAAGACUCGACUUUAGCAAGAAGUACACUGGUCGUCAUGGCGUCUUCAGGUCGACGGUACUGCACCGGCUCCAGCUCGUGCUCACCGAACUGUCAUCAUCACCAUCUUCGGUCCCUGGCAUUGGCGAGGACGAGCUGAACAGACAGGCAACUCUCUUUAUGAAUGCUUUGGACCAUGCCUUCCUUCUCGCUGAGCAGAAUGUCACGCGGAGAGACAAGAACCCGCUCUUUUGGAACCUCAGGGACGCGUUCAUCAUGAGGGACGUCAAGGGCCUCACCAAAGAGCUCAAGUACUCGUUCCAGUCGUUUAUCGUGCGGCAGCGCUUUUCAAAGGGUCUUGAAGACAGCCAGAAGCAACUACUGGAUCUUCGCUUCCCACAUGAGUGGUUUCCAGCUACGCGGACCCUGCAGCGGACGAUUCACAUCCACGUCGGCCCCACAAACUCUGGCAAAACCUACAAUGCCCUCAAGGCUCUGGAGAAUUCCAAGUCUGGCAUCUAUGCUGGCCCGUUACGGUUGCUGGCCACUGAGGUCUAUCAACGUCUCAACGCGAAAGGCCGCCCCUGUGCUCUCAUCACAGGCGAGGAAGUUCGCAUCCCCGAGGACACGGACCGGUACUUCUCUAGUUGUACAGUGGAGAUGGUGCCGUUCAACACGCGGUACGAUGUCGCCGUCAUCGAUGAGAUCCAGAUGCUUGCCGAUGCCGACCGAGGCUCCGCCUGGACCUCGGCGCUGAUGGGCGUCCAGGCCCCAGAAGUUCACGUCUGCGGCGAAGAACGCGCGGUCGCGCUCGUCCAAGCGCUGUGUGCCAGUAUCGGUGACAAAUGCGUGGUCCACCAUUAUGAGCGCUUGAGCCCGCUCGUGACCAUGGACAAGUCCAUCGAUGGCGAUUACAGCAAACUGCAAAAGGGGGAUGCCAUUGUCGCGUUCACUCGAUUAUCUUUGCACGCCUUGAAGCGCAACAUCGAGGAAUACACCGGUAGACGCUGUGCCAUCAUCUACGGAUCGCUGCCGCCCGAAGUUCGCGUCCAACAGGCCGCGCUGUUCAAUGACCCCGAUAACGAUUACGACUUCGUCGUUGCUAGCGACGCCAUCGGUAUGGGGCUAAAUCUAGAGAUCCGUCGCGUCGUUCUGGAGUCAAUUUUCAAAUUCGACGGACACCAAAACCGGCUUCUCACGUACCCCGAGAUCAAGCAGAUUGGUGGCAGGGCUGGAAGAUAUCGUACAGCGCUGUCCGCUGCGAAGGAUGGCUCGGGAGAGACCGAGGACAUUGCAGAGGAAAAGGUUGGCUAUGUGACCACCAUGGAUCGCGCCGACCUUCGAAACGUCAAGCGCGCUUUUGAAAAUAGGGUCAGCGACAUUGAGGCAGCGUACAUACAGCCUCCUGCCGGUGUCGUUGAGCGGUUUGCAUCAUACUUCCCGCCGGACACACCCCUCUCAUUUCUCCUAAUGCGGAUCAAGGCCGCCGCGACGGUCGGGACACGGUACCGGCUCAACGUUAGCAACGAAGUUCUCGAGAUUGCCGACAUCAUCCAGGAUCUGCCGUUGACCAUCUACGAUCGCCUCACGUUCUGCUACCUUCCUGUGACGCUCCGCGCCGAGGGCGCCGUGGACGUGCUGCGAGCCCUCGCGCGGGUUGUCGCGGAAAAUACCAACGGCGACCUCCUGUCCAUGAAGGAGUUUCCGCUCGAGGUCCUCGACAUGGGGCUGGACGAUUUCCGGGGCGAUGCGCAGGACUUCCUCCACAAGCUCGAGUCGCUGCACAUAGCCAUCAAUCAGUACAUGUGGCUGUCCUAUCGCUAUUCGGGCAUGUUCCGCAGCCAGGCGCUCGCGCUCCACGUGCGCUCCCUCGUCGAGGAGAAACUCAUCGCGACGCUCGACCAGCUCGAUUUCACGGAGGAGCAGCUCGAGAGCAGGCGCAAGACGGAGCGCUCCCGAGCACAGUUGCGCAGGUCCAGGAAGGCCAACGUGGGCGACGUCCAGGGCGAUGACGCAUCUUUCGAGCAGGAGAGCGACGACCCGCCCGUCACGGACUGGCCGGUGCCCGGGGACGACGCGCAGCCGCAGGUCGUCUGGGAGCGCGGCAGCGGGUGAAAAGAUUGAAACGAUUACGCGGAGAGAGAGAGAGAGCGUGUACGAGUACGGUUGUGGCGGUAGAAAGGUAUCCAUCCCUCGGCCGAUGCGCUGGGCACUAUCUAUACCUGGUUAAAAACCCACGGCCGAGCCCUGCCCUGUAAUACUUCCAAAUUGUACCACCACCAUAUAGAGCACACACACACGGCAGAACAUCAUUCGCUCUGGCCAAAAAUGUCGCCACGCUGCGAAGUCAUGGGAAGAAGCACAAUGCAAGCCUGUCUUAACACCCCGCUACACUGAUAUGUAACUUGGGACAUGAGCCCGCCACAGCCACCCAUCUACCCCGUGCACGCAACGCCGGCAUCAGUAAGGGCACACAAACAGUCAUAAACGCGUGAAUGCAACCCAUGCUAUUUCCAUGUCUCCUCGCAUGCUAUCUCGCGGUCCGUUUACCGAUAGCGAGUGGGGGAACGGGGGACCAUGACCGACCGACCGUCAGUGGACCG